AGUUGGCAAAACGCAAGACAAAAGGGUAAGGUGACAGGGCGGAAUCGAGUCCAACCCUCCCCCAAAAACAUUCAAAUAUUGAAAGAGUUGUCGACGGAGUGACUUAUGGCGGCAGCUGAUGAUGCAUUCGGGCUGUUUGAAAGAACGAUGGCGGGUUACGAGGAGGAAGUUUCUCGAACGCGAGAGGAGGAGGACGAGCGGCAUCGACAGCAAAUAGGACCCUGUACCCUGUCGCCCGUUGACAAGACUCAAGCUGUGCUAGACAUCGAAGACGUCCAGCAGCGUGGACGUCAAGAAGAAUGUCCCCUUCAGCUGCAGUGGCAGAGCUCCGCUUUGAAGCAGGAGGAUCCCCAGCCCCCCCAUGUUAAAGAGGAAGAGGAGGAACUCGGGAUCACUCAAGAGGGAGAAUGUCUUCUAGGUCCGGAGGAUGCUAGUCUCACCAAGUUGCAACCAACUGGCGUCUCUGUGAAGACUGAAGACCAUGAAGACAAACCACCUGAGUCCUCACAGCUUCAUCACAGUCCAAGUGAUUAUGUCCAGCAGCUGACUGGUCAUCGAGAAGAACAUGCCCCUCAACUGCAGGUGGGGAGCUUCACUGUGAAGCAGGAGAAUGCCCAGCCCCCCCAUGUUAAAGAGGAAGAGGAGGAACUCUGGACCACUCGGAAGCAGGAAAGUCUUUUAGGGUCAGAAGAGGCUGAUCUCACCAAGUUGCCACUGACGGUCGUCUCUGUGAAGGCUGAAGACCUUGAAGAGAAACCACAAGCAGACAACCUCUUAGCUCCGCUAUCAGAUAGCGACGACACAACAUCACACUCUCCUGAGGAUGAAGGCAGGGACGACAGCCACGAAGCUUUGAGCAGUGGUACAGACUGUGAAGGUGACAUGAGGACUCACGCCGACAACAAACACUCUGAACACUGGAAAGAGCAGACCCGCUUUACCUGCUCAGUUUGUGGUGAACCUUAUUCUUAUAAGAGUGAUUUGACGCAUCACAUGAGAAUGCAUCCCGAAGGAAAACUCUUCAGUUGCUCAAUUUGCGGUAAAAGAUUCUCUCGAAAGUCAGUCCUUGUCACGCACACAAAAACGCAUUUGGCGGAAAAACCUUUUAGUUGUUCAGUUUGUGGUAAAGGAUUUGCUCAAAAUGGAGUGUUGGUAGCACACAAAAGAACACACACCGGAGAAAAACCCUUUAGAUGCUCAGUUUGCGGCAAAAGAUUCUCUCGGCAUUCGGGUGUGGUGUCGCACAUGAGAACGCACACAGGAGAAAAACCUUUCAGUUGCUCGGUUUGCGGCGACAGUUUUUCUCGAAAGCGGAACGUCACUCAACACAUGAGAACGCAUACUGGAGAAAGACCUUACAGCUGUUCAGUGUGUGGCAAAAGAUUCUCUCAAAGGUCAAAUUUGGUCGCACACACGAGGAUACACACCGGAGAAAAGCCUUUUAUUUGCUUAAUUUGUGGUGAAAGUUUUGUCGAUAAGGUCACUUUGAUAGCGCACAAAAGAAUACACACGGGUGAAAAGCCGUUUAAUUGCCCAGUCUGCGCUAAGAGCUAUUCUUAUAAGCGAGAUCUGACGGCACACGUGCGGACGCACACAGGAGAAAAGCCUUUUAGUUGUUCAGAUUGUGGCAAAAGUUAUUUUUAUAAGAGAAGUUUGACAGCACACAUGCAGACACACAGCGGAGAAUAAAAGAUUGUCAAGUCGUAGAAGUGAAGCGUCACCAAUAACAUGAAAAAUAGCUCAGAAAACUCAUUUAAAAAACGCUCCAAUGAGGCGAGAUUACCUGUAUUGUGCGAGGGUGAGCAAAUCAGGCGCUACUUUUUUCUCCAGCCAGUGACGUUAACGGCCUCUCGUAAUGUCCCCUGAGCUCACUUGUAAACAAAUGUUCGCUUUCCGAGGAAGGACGUCCUACCAAAUGCUCCGCGAUGAGGGGAGCACACAAAAAAACCUGAUCAGCCACCUGAGAUGCCAGCGCCACGGCGCUUGAAAAGUGCAAAAUGUUUGCCAGAGACCUCCGUGGCGUCACACCGGCCACUCAGAUCGUACCAUUGCUGCUGAGGUUGGGUGCAGUAAAUCAGUCAUUCUACAUUUUUUGAAAGCUCCUGAGCAUUAUGGAACAAAAAAGUCACAUCUGCGCUGAGCCAGAGGAUCCGUUUGGCCGUCCAUCAAGACACAGGGCGGUCUUCCACCCACAUGAAGGCCCUUCCUGGUGCCGACUGCAGCGCAAUAACCAUCAGACGGCAUCUGCGGGAAAAGGGUUGAAAAACAAAUUCAAAGACCUCGUCUCCUUCAACACCACAAAAGUGCCCGUUUAGACUGGCAGGGAGCAUCAAACAUGGGACAUUGAAAGGUGGAACAAAGUUUUAUUCUUUGAUGACAAAAAGUGUAACCUUGACGGUCCAGAUGGCUUCCAACGUUCAUGGCAUGACAAGGAGAUCCCACCUGAGAUGUUUUCUACCCGGCACAGUGGAGGGGGGGCCUUCAUUAUCUGGGGUGCUUUUUCAUUCAGUGGAACACUGGAGCUUCAGGUGGUGCGGGGUCGUCAAACAGAUGCAGAUGUUGCAGAGGGCAUCCCUCAUGACUGAGGGCCCUCGUCUGUUUGGUAACAGCUCCGUUCUUCAACAGGACAACGCUGCAGUUCACAAUGCUGGCUUGACCAAGGACUUCUUCAGGGAGAGUAACAUCACUCUUUUGGACCAUCCUGCAUGUUCCCCUCAUUUAAAUCCCAUAGAGAACAUUUGGGGAUGGAUGGCAAGGGAAGUUUCUAAAAAUGGCCAUCAGUUCCAGACAGUUGAUGGCCUUGAUGAAGCCAUCUUCACCACUUGGAGCAAUGUUCCCACUAGCCUCCUGGAAACACUGGCAUCAAGGAUGCCCAAAGCCAUUUUGGAAGUGAUUAAAAAGAACGGUGGAGCUCCUCAUCACUGAGUCCGACUGAGAACACUUUUUUGUUCUGGUUUGGAGAGUAUUUGGUUAUUUUUUGAGCGAUGGUCUUAAACUUUUGAUCAGCUGAUAAACAGCCUAUUUCAGUUUAAUUGUUUUCAAUAAAUUACUUUUUCAAAAUGCUUUUUGUCUCACUCCCCCUUCUUGUUUUUACAUAUUGUAGCUCUACUUAAAACCUCAUAAAGAUCCAAAUGUGCAAAAUUCAAUGUGCAAAUUCUAGCAAUUUUUCAACUGGUCUUAAGAUUUUGAUCAGUAGUGUAUGUGUGUGUGUGUGUGUGUGUGUGUGUGUGUGCACAUACUGUGUAUAUUUAUUUAUACAUGUGUUUUCCUGUCACACA